AUGAAUGCUGCGAUCAAGUUGUAUUUCCCGUAUCGAUUUGACGAUCUUCUCAAUUGUGUGUGCCGGAAAUUUGAUGGUUUAAUAGAUGCUAAUGUGUCCAUGUUUUUCAAGAUGCCGGAAUACAAUAACUUCACAUUACAAAAUGACAUCGAUAUAGACAAAAUGGUUUGCCUUGCAUGGUCUUUCCGAUUAGACCACAUUGAUGUCAUCAUUCAAUCUCGGAUAACGCAAGGUGCCGAUGACAUUGGUGACGCAGCUGCAAUCCCACUAGCUGAUACGUGUAACUUGCCUGUGCUUGUAGAUAAGUCAAACAUUGAUGAUGACCAACAAGAUUUGCUUCCCAAAUUUUGUCCCCAUGCCGCUAAGAUCACAGCGGUUUACAUGAUGAGGGAAUUGAAAAACUGCAUGUGGUCUAUACAUGCACGAGUAUUAGGUGCUGAUGAGUUUUUCUACAUUCGCAAGUGGAAUAGGGAGCACAGUUUCGGUGUUGCCGUCCGAACAGUAAAAAACCCAAGGGUUGCGUCUGAAUUAGUAUGUGAUGUUAUAUUCGAACGGGUACAUGACAGACCGCUCACACGUCCGACCGAUGUGGUGUACGACCUGAAGAAAGAUUAUGGAUUAGAAAUUAGCUACCGGGUCGCAUGGUUAGGCGUUGAGAAAGCGCGUGGCGAAAUGUUUGGUGCACAUUCCAUUUCAUUCGAUCAAUUGCGGUGGUAUAGUAAUGUCGUUAUGGUCAACAAUCUAGGUAGCUACAUAAACAUUGACUAUGAUGAACAAAAUCACCGGUUUGAACGAUUUUUCAUAUCAUUCAAAGCAUGUAUUGAUGGGUUCAACCAUUGUCGCCCUUUAUUAUUUUUGGAUGGUACUUUUUUGAAGGGUAAAUUUAAGGGCAACUUGCUAGCUGCCAGUGCGAAGGAUGGCAACCAAGCAAUUGUGGUUUCUGAAAACACUGCAAACUGGUUCUGGUUAUUGCAACACCUUGCCAACGUUCUUAGCAAUGACAGGACACUUACAUUCUUGUCUGACCGUCACACUGGCCUCAUCGACUCAAUACCCAAAAUAUUCCCGUCAUCACACCACGCGUUUUGCUUACAACAUUUGCAACGAAAUCUGCAGGACAAGAUGAGGUACGUCAACAGUUCGUACCGAGCGGGAUUGCUAAGUAAAUUCCGGGCAUGCACAUAUGCACCUACUGUAACAGGAUUCAAUGCCAACAUCGAGACAUUCAUCAAGUCUGGGAGGAAUGUGGCAACAUCUUUUCUAAAAGAUAUACCCCCACAAUAUUGGGCAAAUGCUUAUUUCAUGGGUGCACAUUACUGCGAGAUGUGUUCUAAUGCUGCUGAGUCAUUCAACUCAUGGAUCCGUGAAGCAUGA